AUGCCACGGGUCUCUUCCCAGACUGGGCAGCACUCAAGGUCAGCGUCAGCAGAUCUAACCCUAAAAAUAGGUUCUUGGAUGCCAGUGGAGGUGGCCGGGAGUGCGGCUGCCACACGCCCCACAGACCAGCACCUCCUGACCCAGCCAGGCCCCAGCACACACAGGAAGGAAAGAAAAUCCUGUGGCUUCAAAAUGACAUCCCGAGAACCAAAGACAAGCCUCAAAAAUGCCUACCCAUCUGCCAAGAGGCUGCUGCCGAAGGGGGAGGGGGAUGUGGAAGAGGAGGAGUACUGCACCCCAGGAGCCUUCGAGCUGGAGCGUCUCUUCUGGAAGGGCAGUCCUCAGUACACCCACGUCAACGAGGUCUGGCCCCAGCUCUACAUCGGCGAUGAGGCGACAGCUCUGGACCGCUAUGGGCUGCAGAAGGCCGGCUUCACGCACGUGCUGAAUGCAGCUCAGGGUCGCUGGAACGUGGACACUGGACCCGACUACUACCGCGACAUGGCCAUCGAAUACCACGGCAUUGAGGCCGACGACCUGCCCACAUUCGACCUCAGCGUCUUCUUCUACCCAGCGGCCGCUUUCAUCAACGCGGCGCUCAGCCUUGACCACAGUAAGAUCCUGGUUCACUGUGUCAUGGGCCGCAGCCGGUCGGCAACUCUGGUCCUGGCCUACCUGAUGAUUCACAAGAACAUGACCCUGGUGGACGCCAUCCAGCAAGUGGCCAAGAACCGCUGUGUCCUACCCAACCGAGGCUUUCUGAAGCAGCUCCGGGACCUGGACAAGGAACUGGUGGAGCAGAGGCGACAGGCCCAGUUCGGUGACAACAGUGACAAGGCUGGUGAGAAGGACCCAUAA